CUUCAGCUUCACAGGGGGAGACUGAAUAGCAGGAGCCGUUGUGUAAACAGACGAGGAGAAGAAGCUCUUGACUAAACAAAGAUUCGCAGCGGAGAUAGUGAAGAAGACGAGGCCGAGCAGAGGAGCGUGUUGUUGGGCGCUCGCAGAGGAGGAGAGGAGGGGUCCGGAGAUAAGGGGCGCAGUUGAUGAUUGCACGGUCUGUGGAGGAGGGAGAGGAGGAGGAGGGACAGAUGUGAGUGUUCAUUUACUUAACAUCACUUCCACGCCGUCGGGAAAGCAAACACACUCGUCAAGCGGCGGAGGAAAAGUCACCAGUGUCUGCUGGAGCUCAUCGACCCCGCCGCUGCUGCCUGUGUCCGGGAAGCUCCGCGUCUGCUGGACCGCGCCUCCGGAGCACUCGAGAGGGGGAACUUCUCUCCAGUCAUCGGUGUCUCUUUGGGGCAUGGAGGCAACUCUUCUCCCUUCUAAUCGGAUUUGUUUUCCUGCGGGUACUCAUCACUGAAUAAUGGAGAAUUAACAAGUGAGGCGGAACCUGAAUAACAGCAGUGGUGACAAAAGAGAGGAUAUUUUUUUAAUUUUUCCAACGAUAACCCGACAGCAGAUCAGCUGACAAGGGAAAGGUGUCAUGGCUGCGUACGGACAGACUCAGUACAGCCCCUCCCUUCAGCCUGCGGGGCCGUACACUCCAUACACACACCACACGCAAGGAUACAGCAUGUCCUCUUACAACAUAAAAACUGAGGAUGGUCUGAGUCAUUCUCCGGGACAGACGGGACUUUUGGGCUACUCCAACUUCAGCAGCCCUCCCCCCAGCCAGAGCCUCUACAGCUACUCUCACACACAUGGUGGUGGCAUUCCAUCUGGAAUUUUUCAAGGAACCCAUGCGAUUUCGAGUUCAACCCCUUUCAACCCCGCGCAACAAGAAUUUUCCACCUACUCCAGCUACAGCCAGAGCCAGUACUCACCCUAUUAUAACUCACAUCACUACAACAGUCCAUAUUUAACAAGUAGCAACAUCAGCCCUGCUGCCAUCACGGCGCCAUUAGCCUAUCAACACACGGAGCAUCCCAUAAUGCUACCCAGUCACAGUCCAGAGUCACACACAGGAGAGUACCAUCCACCGCCCAGCCCCCCCACACCAGGUAAAGAAGAGGUCCCAGCACGACGGGGCUCUGAUGGGAAGUUGCGAGGGAGAAAGCGAGUGAGUGACCCCGCGCCGCCUUUGGACUCCGAUAUAGAGCGAGUGUUUAUCUGGGAUCUGGAUGAAACCAUCAUCAUUUUCCACUCGCUCCUCACGGGAACCUUCUCGUCACGAUUUGGCAAGGACUCCUCAAAAGCUGUGUCUUUGGGCUUGUGGAUGGAGGAAAUGAUCUUCAAUCUGGCUGACUCCAGGCUGUUCUUCAAUGACCUGGAGGAAUGCGACCAGGUUCAUAUUGAUGACGUGGCGUCGGAUGACAACGGGCAAGACCUGAGCACUUACAACUUCGGGACGGACGGCUUCCAGAGUCCAGCCGGGGCUGGCAGCCUGUGUCUGGGCUCGGGGGUCCACGGUGGGGUCGACUGGAUGAGGAAGCUGGCUUUCCGCUACCGAAGAGUCAAGGAGAUUUACAACACCUACAAGAACAACGUCGGCGGAUUGUUAGGGAGCCCCAAACGUGAGGAGUGGCUCCAGCUGAGGCGGGAGAUGGAGGUUCUGACGGACCUGUGGCUCACUCAAGCGCUGAAGGCCCUGGCUCUCAUCAACUCCAGGCCCAACUGCGUGAACGUGCUGGUGACCACCACGCAGCUCAUCCCGGCGCUCUCCAAAGUUCUGCUGUACGGACUUGGAGCGGCGUUUCCCAUUGAGAACAUCUACAGCGCCACCAAGACAGGCAAAGAGAGUUGUUUCGAGCGAGUGUCUCAGCGCUUCGGCCGGAGAGCUGUGUACGUGGUGAUCGGAGACGGAGCCGAAGAAGAGACAGUCGCCAAGAAGAAGAACAUGCCGUUCUGGAGGGUUUCCUGUCGGGCUGACCUGGAGGCUCUGAGCCACGCACUGGAGCUGGACUACCUCUAGUGGGCACCAGUCCAUUCCUCCAUUACCAAACGAAUGAAAAGCUGCGGGACUUUUGGCUGCAGCUACGGCGGCGCGAGGCCGAUCGGGGAGUCAGUUCACAUGGAGAUGUUGGCUCCAGGACACUGUGAGGAUCCCGAGUUCAGAAAAGGACCAAAGUUUGAUACUCCUCACUAACCCCAGGGACUCUGAGUAAUACUGCAAAUACUUCUCCAUUCACACCAAGAUGCAACAGCGAAACGAAAUCAGGAACUGUUUCUGUGUUGUGUUUCUUGUUCUUCUGUUCAUCAUCUCAUCAGAAAUAGUGAGAAAAGAUGUUGAAUCUGAAAUAAUGUUUUUUUGUUUUUCAUUCAUUGGCCAAAUUUAGUUGGUCAUUAUCCUGAAGUUAAAAAAAAAACACCCUUUAUUUUAUUUUCUACUUAAAAUAUUUAUUUUAAAUAUUAGCACUAUUUUGGAGGGAAAUAACUGGAUAGUCAUUUGUUUGUUUUUUUUUCAAAAAGAGAUACUAGAAAGGUCUUAAUUUUCAUCUGAAGUCUUAAUUUUCUUUCCCUGCAACAAAUGCUCCAUAAAAUCCCAAAUAUUUCUGUAUAUUCAACGCUAACAUCAGUCUAUAUUGGUUAUUAAAAAAACAGAUUGUGUUUUCCCAUGUCAAUAUUUAUUAGCUGAGGUGAAGUUGAACCCAUUGAAAGAGCAGAAAUGUGGAUCCUGUGUAUGAUUCUGAUUUGUCGUUCAUUUCCUGGUAUCAUGUUUGUAACAUAGAUGUUGUGGUUGUGCAUGUGACUGUCAGUGUAGCUCUGAUUUGUAUAUAAAGCUUUAUUGUCCAUGUCUUUUGACAGUUUUAAUAGAUGAAUAAAGAUAAAUUAAGUGCAU